AUGGCGGCCGUGUUGGUUCUGGCGUUGGCGCUCGCGGCGAGCGGGGCAGGGCGGGCGGCGGCUGCGGCCGAGGAGGCGUCGGCGCCCAGCGACUGGGACAUGUUCGCCAACGGGCUGCAAGUGCUGUGGGGCGCGUACGACGGCUGCGCGCGCGGCGCCGCCGGCGACGUGGCCGCGUGCCUCAAGCUGCGCGCGCUGCGCUCGGCGGAGCGGGCGCUGCGCGCGGAGCGGCUGCCGCUGCUGGGCGGGCUGGCCUUCGUGCGCGCGCAGGGCCGCGACGGCCGCGGCCUGGCCGACGACGAGCCCCCGCCGCUGGACGAGGCCGCGCUGCCGGCCGAUGCCGCCGCCAAGCAGAGGGCGCUGGACGAGGCGCUGCUCGACCGCGUCGCUCGGUUCUUCAAGGGCCACUCGCUGCAGCUGGACGAGGCGCGCCUGUUGGAGGACGAUGGCGCCGGCGACGAGGGCGAGCAGGGCGCGCAGGACGGCGAGGACGGCGCCGUCGCCGAAGGUCGCAAGAAGAAGGGCUUCAAGAAGUACGGCGGCGCGCUGCUGCUGGGCCUGAUGAUGAAGGGCGGCCUCAUGGCGAUGGCGUGGAAGGGCGUGGCGCUGAUGGCCGGCAAGGCGCUCAUGGUGGCCAAGAUCGCGCUGGUGCUCUCGGCCGUCGUGGCCCUCAAGAAGCUGUCGCACGGCGGCCACGGCGAGGAGAAGGUAUACUAGCCUUCCACCUCACACUGACGGUUCCUGGUGGCAAGGACGCAAGGUGACGUACGAAAUCGUGAAGCAUCCGCACGUGUCGCAUACGCAGACCUUCUCCACGGGCCACGACUUCGGCGGCCACGACUUCGGCGGCAGCGGCAGCGGCGGCGGCGGCGGCCACUACAAGCGCAGCCUGGACCCUCUCCAGCCCCAAAACGCGCACGCGCUGGCCUACUCGGCGCACGCGCCCGACCACGCCCACGCGCACUGGCACGCGCCCUACCCGCGCGCACGCCUCAACGCCCUGCAGCAGCAGCAGCAGCAGCAACGCCCGCAGGUGGCGCUCUACCACUACCCGUCCACGCAGGAGAUCCUGCAGCACCAGGAACAGCUCGAGGAGAUCCACAAGCAGCAGCUGCGGGAGCAGGAACAGCAACAGCAGCAGCAGGAGUACGCGUACGAAGUGAACGACCCGACGCAGGAUGCGGAGCAGGACGUGCAGCCCGUUUACCCGUACCCGCAGCAGUGAGGCACGCCAGGCGUGAGCAGGGAGGCGAGGACGGACGAGGAGGCGAAGAAGAAGAAGAAGAAGAAGAAGAAGAAGAACAAGAAGAAGAAGAAGAAGAAAGAGGACGAGAAGGAGGAGGAGGAGGAGGAAGCGGCGCCGUGCACAGCGGUGCCGUGACGCUCUCCGAAGCGUUGCCUGCACGCACGCUCACGCUCUCCUUGCUCCGCUGACACGCUCCACGCACGCGAGAUGGAGGCUCACGGGCCACGCGAGCGGUUGCGCUCCACGAAAUCGCGCCGUUUGCUCUCCUGCUGCUGCCGCCCGACAUUCCAGCUCGAUCACGCUGGGUUUCCUACUGCUCUUACGACGACAUCGAGCAGCUCGCUUUGUGCUGUUCGCCCGGCUACGCUUUUGCCGGCUCUUCUGCUUACAACGCGCUGCUCUCCGACCGCACGACAGCUCUCCUGCUACUCCCCACAGGUCUCCUUGUGGUGCCUCUCCGACUGCUCUCCGGAAGAUCUACGAAAGAGAUCCCUCAGCUCUCUGGCAGCUCUCCAGAUUCUUCGACAGAUCAUCGAAAACUCUACGACACCUCUCCAGCAGUACUACUACUAUUGCUGCUUUUUCGCACAGAUCAGCAUUGACUAGCUAUGCUCGUGGUGGCUC